ACAGUACAGCCUGGAUGGAGUGAACCAGCUAGCUGAAACUCUGUUGACAGGACUUUUUCUUGUGAGCUCUUUGGUUGGGCAUGGGGCCAACGGCAACGGGAGAAAACUACAUGAUUGUAUCUUUUGUCAUUGUGGCGUUGGGCAGGAAUGUGAAGUUAGGUCAUUGAAAGCCACUAAUAUACCUACUACGACCGGUGACUACCCUGAUCUGGACUAAGCUCGAAACAAAAUUGGCUCCGCUUCUGUAGUUGUGACGGAGCGCUACGGAGACCAGCUAUAUACAGAGGGUUUCUGCCUUGGAAUUGAUCAGCUCAACCAAGAAACUAAAGUUGCAGUGUUUCAUCGUGGCAUUCAAAGAGACACUACUCGCUAGCGUAACCGUGCUUCACAUAGCACUCCUUGGUGCACCAUUGGCGUGGUGGAGCCAUGGCCGAGCAGCCAGGGUAUGGCGAGGGUUAUAUCAAGCAAAUUAUCAAGACUGUGCUGACGAAUGUGCAGAAGGAGUGCCAUGCACGGGGAGAGAGUGUAUCCGAUACACUGGUGGCUUUCGUCGUCAAGGCUCUACUUUUGAAUCCUCAGAACAAGUUUGAAGGUGAUGAGCUUGUUUCCGAGCCCUCGUUGAAUGCAGUGGUAAAGCGUGCCGUGGACUGGAUAAUGGACAAAGAGGGUGCAGCCAUGGACACCAUCAAAAUGCAGGUCUAUUUCGACACAAACUACGUGUCCAGAAAGACAUUCUUCAAAGAGCAUCGUGGUGUUUUGAAGCAGUCUGCGGCUGGCGUUCUUCGUGAAAUCCUGGACUCUCGUGCCCGCACGGUAGUGGAAAUGGAUGCUCUGUACAGAAAAGUGCUGACGUACAUCCUCCUCAAGUCAUCCCUUGGUUCCUCUACUGACAUGGUGGUGCUUAGAGAAACCACUGCUGCUCUUCAGAGCGUUCUGCCGCAAUCUGAAGUUGGGACUUUGCUGCCAUUGUCUCGAGAGCAGAAGCAGAAUCAACUUAACGAGCUUACCCUCGUCGUGACCGGAAUCCGACUGUUCAACAAGACUGUUGGCAAAGGGGGAGUUGGUAUCGUUGAUGUGACAGAGGUGCUGGCAGACGGACUACCUGCAGCCACAGACAGAGCAGCAGCUGAUGUGGAGGAGAUUGAGUAUGAUUGUUUCAAGAUAACCGCCUUAGCCGAGCACAUUGCCAAACCCAGCAACAUCGAAGCGAGACGAGAGGAAUACGAGAGGUGCAUCGAGGCCAUUGCCAACCUUCGGCAGAGGCUGGCAUUCGCUCGCUUGAUAUCGGAUGCAAUUGAAGAGAGCAGCACCCAGGUAUACAAGAACCUCGGCCAGUAUAGACAGAAACUUCAAGAGAUGCAGACAGUCGUCAAAUCCAGCAGGAGCGUAGCAACUGCGGAAGUUUAUCCAAAGUUCCGUGAUCUUGCCCUUGCCUGGGGUGGUAUGCAAGAGGAGAUGGUCUUUCUUGGAGUGUUGGAGGGUAUGGCUGCUGGGCUCUCAGAAUAUUGCAAGGUUUUCUUGGAGGAUUUUGCUGAUGAUAAACUCGAGGCUGAUCUGGACUUGUCUGCGGUGAAGACGGACGCCAUGCGAGCGGAUGAGAACAGUGCAGACGAGGCGAAGAUCAGUGGACCUCUUGGCGAGCAAGUGCGCCUGUUUGAGCCAAAGCAGGUGAUCAACUUUUCAGCGAUGCAGACAGAAUUCAAGGGAUUCUGUGCCUAUUCGCUUGCAGUAGGACAGGGCCUGCUCAUCCCGGGAGAUCCAAACAUUGGAAUUCUUUCAUUCAACGGACUCUACUACAGCUUUUCGUCCAAAGAAGCUGCAACGGACUUCUCCUACGCACCAUACAAAUUCAUAUCAACAAUAACUGAGCUGUGCAGGGAGAGAGCAUACCUGAUUCCUCUGCUCUCACUGCAUUCCAAGUUUUCCGGGAUGGCACCUAAACUGGGACCAUCCUCUGCUACGCUGUCCAAACCAGUGACACGCUGUGACGCGGGCAUACAGACCGACGUCCAUGCACCAACGAUGGGUGGUAUCGACAGGUCGUACGAAUGGAACGAGUGGAUAUUGCGAUCACAAGCCAUCAAGCUGGCUAAUAUCAGGCAGAAGGUCACUCAUUCAACACAGACCACGCUAUCGUAUCACAGACGAGAUGCUGAUACUCAAGUCUACUUGCCAAAGGAGCAAACAACGCAAACACGCCGGCAGAAGAACACGGAUGUCCCCAAGCCUGCAGUAUACGUUGCUGGACUGCGUGGCUCGGAGCAGAAUAUGGCCCAGCCAGCCAAGUAUGAUCUGACGCCGAGUAUCCAUAUUGACAAGAUCACUGAGGACUUGGAGCCCAAGUACCUGAAUCCUGAUGAUCUGUAACAAAACAUUUCCUGUGCAGGUUCCUUGGAAAUCUGGAGCAGCCUGCCGCGUUUUUGGCGUGCGAUGACGUGUAAAGUUUCUCGUUUUCAGGUGCAGCGGAGAAUAUGGAUAACUGGAUUGUGAGUAAAAGGCAAUCCGUGUGCAUGCACUUGACAUGUCUUGAAAGAACAAAACCUGAUGCUUGUAUUUUCUGUACUUUGAGAAAAUAAAUUAGGCACUUGUGAGUCAUGAUGCCGACAUGUCAACCGACGAUGAUGAAUAUCUAAGAUUUUUUUUAAAUAAAAAGAGUGAUUGAGGUCA